UUUAAAAUAAGUUGGAUAAUAUAAUUUAUCUAUUAUCUUUCCAUACACAAUGCCCUUGAGAUAUAAGCCUUCCAUAACAUUUUUGAAUUUUUUCUUAAAUUCGACCCGUUUUCCAAAUUUAACGUAUACGCCACAGGAUGAGCCCGCAUUACAUGAAUUGUGCCCUUGUAGCACAGUUUCCGUGGAAAUCUAAGAUGGUUUCGAUCUGCGAGCGAAAGUUUUCUAGAUCUAGACGUCUUUCCCAUGAUCAAUGCCUUUGGCUGCAAAGAAACCAAUUGGAAAUCCAGCAAUUGGCCAAACUGGUUGGAUCCCAUCCCGAGGACAUAGAUGAAUUCCUUUUCGAACUCAGCCUGCAGAACUACAAUCGUCAAUUAAAUGCCAAGGGCUGCGGUUGGAAUGCCUGCAAUGUGCCCCUUUGUUAUCCAUAUAUCUGUGAUCGGUACAUGAGCAUCUUCGAUCACCGAGGUAAUUUAAGGAGUCCCAGCCAAUCAAAUAGUCUUCAAAGAAUACUUCCGUUACUGCUGGAUUACUUAAAUGGCGAUUCGCCUGACGGCCAAAAGGGUUCACCAAUUUACGAGGCGCGUCCUGCCGGCCAUCAAGCGAACCACCUUCCGAUGGUUUUGAGUUCAGAUUCAGAAUCCAGCGAUGAGGAAAGUCUGAACCCUAUAGAUUGGAGCUUGGGUCCUUCAAGCAGUUCAAGGGUUAUGAUGAAGAGAAAACGUUCCAUUUCACGCCAUGAAUCACAGGUACUAAAACCGCAGUCCGAAUCAGAAUCUGAGAAGGACUUGACUAGGGAAAAGAACCCUAAAUCGUUUGGACGACAGUCUGUUUUUCUCAACGAUGAACUAGCAUUAGCUUAUGGCAAGCCAAUUGCUUAUGCGGAAUAUCUAAUGAAAGGACUAGGUCGACAUCGAACUAGGGGGAGCUAUUCGGGUCCUGUUGGAGAUCUAAGGACUAAACGUAUUCGAAUUUUAAUUAGGCAGCUGGUUAAAAGAAAGGGAGCCAAUAUAACUUUCGACGAUUUAAGGCAUGCUCUAAAAAAUGUAGAUCUUGAGUGGAAAUCGACAGCAAAAAAGGAUUUAGGCCGUGAGGUUCGAACCGCCAAAGAGAUCUCAAACCUAUACUACGAAAUAGUGCAGCGAAAGUCUAAGCAACCUAUACCGCCCGUUCUUGGAACAGUGCGAGGAAAUUAUCCAAAGGUUCCAUCCGCUUCAAAACUUCCCAGAAGGUAUUUGGGUGAUCAAGUCCCUGUGUUCUUUUAUGAGCCCUUCGAUCCAAGAAAGAAUUGGACCGGGAAACGUCGACAGACAAAAAAAAUCCGUCUAAAUUCCAAGAACGAUUUCUCUACAUCCAAGACCAAACGACAUGUACGCACUUCCUUGAAGAAGAAAAUUAAAGCACUUGAAGAUCAGGAUUCAAUGCACUCUACCAUCAGUGCUAAAAGUCAGUCCGGGAAACGUGUGUCUCUAUAACCCAUAA